GAGAGAGUUUGAGGGAGAGAGAUGCCGGAAUUCUGCGUUACAGGAGGAACAGGCUUCAUAGCAGCCCACAUCAUAAAAGCUUUGCUAGAGAGAGGCCAUGUUGUUCGGACGACUGUAAGAGAACCAGAUAACAUGGAUAAAGUGGGGUUUCUUUGGGAAAUGGAUGGGGCGAAAGAGAGGCUAAAAUUGGUGAGGGCAGAGUUGUUAGAGGAAGGAAGUUUCGAUAAAGGCAUCGAUGGAGUGGAUGGGGUGUUCCACACUGCGUCUCCUGUUCUAGUCCCUUAUGACCAAAAUAUUGAGGAAAGCAUGAUAAAUCCAAGCAUAAAGGGCACCAUCAAUGUACUAAAAUCUUGCUCAAAAGCAACCUCUCUUGGGCGUGUUGUCCUCACCUCUUCAUGCUCUUCUGUACGGUACCGCGAUGAUGUGCACCAAAUUUCACCUCUAAACGAGUCACAUUGGAGUGACCCCCAAUAUUGCAAAAACCACAAUCUAUGGUAUGCUUAUGCCAAAACCCUAGCUGAGCAAGAGGCAUGGAAGGCAGCAAAAGAAUGGAAGAUUGACCUAGUGGUUGUGAACCCAUCAUUUGUGGUGGGUCCCUUGCUCGGACCACAGCCCACUAGUACCCUUCUUAUGGUGCUGGGGAUUCUCACAGGUAUAAAUGGAGGCGUAUACCCAAACACUAGAAUUGGUUUCAGUCACAUAGAUGACGUGGUGACGACCCACAUGUUAGCAAUGGAGAAAGGGGAGGCCUCAGGUAGGCUAAUUUGCUCGGGCCCUGUGGCGCACUGGUCAGAGAUCGUAGCAAUGCUCAAGCCCAAAUAUCCCUCGCUUAACAUUGCCAAUAAACCUUAAGAGAGGGUAUAUUCUCUCAACCUUGCGGUGAAUUCCCUUACAAACUUUGAGAUAGGGUAUAUUCUUUCAACCUUUUAUUUUUAUUUUUUUUUUGUUUUAUUUUCUCAAUUUACAUAAAUUGGUAUCAGAGCAAGUUAGGUCCAAAGUUUACAAUGCCACCAAAAGCAAAUCAAGUUACUCCUGCUAAUCCUACUCCUAUGGAUGAUCGUUGGAGGCAAUCUAUAAAAAUUUUGAGUAAAGCCCUGGAGGAUUUUCGAACUGAAGUACGUGAGAUGCUUCAGGAGAUGAAUCAGAAGUUGCAACGGUUAGAGAAUAACCUUCCCCGUGAAGAAGGUACUAGCAACCUUGGUAAUCUUGCAUCAGGAAUUCUACGACAAAUCCAAGGUGUUGAUUUCGAGCGUAACGAAUAUUACUGGCAAAAGAUGAAAAAGAAAUUGAAAGAAAAUUUUCUUUC